AUCAAAUGCAGAACAGGUUAGAUGAGUCCAGGUGAGGCAGGAAGCAGUUUAGGGUAAUUUCUUGACUUCAGUGAAACUGAGAAGUAAAUGUGUUCCACAUGACAAACUAUUAGCUAGCUUAUUCUUCUGUUAAAGACCGAGGACAGAACACACACACGGAUUUCAGCUCAGCUCGGCUUUUGAAGAUUUGGAAGUAGAAGUACCCUGCAGAGCCACAUCGCAGAUAUGACACCAGCCACAGUGAGGACAUGGCAUACACCAAAGCACAUGCCAGUCAUGGUAGAUCCACACACCCCCAGGAACUGGAAGGUGAGGAUCAGCUAGCUUCUAUUGAUCUGGAAUGGGAGAUGGAAAAGGAGCUGGAAGAGCCCGGGCUGGACAACUUCCGAUUAGAGUGUGCAGACUCACAGACCUUGGGAAACUCAUCCAGUGGUGAAAUGAAUCCAGAGUUUAUCCAGCCAUCGGUGUCUCCUCACGGACGCUUCCAGAGACUACAUGAGGACCCCAACUACGUCUUGCAGUACAGUGGGACUGUUCCCAAGGUGCACAAGAUAAGUGUUACCUGCAUUCUCAAAUACGUGCUAUUAGGAGCAGGAGCCUUCUUCCUGGGACUGCUGAUUGGUCUACAUGCUAAACGAACUGAGGAGCAGCCUGCCAUGCCCGCUACAAGCACAGAUAUACUGGAAAAGGUCAUUCAAAGCAUCACUGCAGAAAAGAUCCAGACAAUAAAAAGUGAUUUCGAUUCCGUAGCUGGACUCGACGAGGAAGCCCGGGUUAGGUAUCUUGCUCGGCGCUGGGAGGAGUUCGGACUGAAGAACGUCCAGCUGAUCAAUUACACCGUCCUCGUCAGCUCCCCUGGAUCCUCUCCGAAUACCAUCACUGAUCUGGCAAAAACGCAGUGUUUCCUGCCGAGUGGAGCAGUCUGUGACUCAAAUACCCAAAUAGCCAUCAAUGAGUCCUUUGCCUUUGCAGCCUACUCAUCUGUGGGAAUUCUAGAGGCAGAGUUGGUGGACGUACAGUAUGGAAGUUCUGAAGAUUUGAGGCUAAUCCGAACUAAGAUGAACGUGACCAAUAAAAUCGCUCUGCUUAAAAUCGGACCAGUGCCUUUACUCAACACGCUUUCUCUCCUGGCUGAUAUGGGCUUCGGUGCUUGUCUCAUUUAUGUGGAUCCCUGUGAUGUCCCUGAGGAUCAGCCAUUACUGCAGAAGGCAUUCGGGGUGACAUUAAACCCAGGAGGAGACCCAUCAACCCCAGACUACCCCAGCAUAGAUGGCAGUUUCAGGGCAGAUCGUCGGAAUUUAACGUCCCUGUUGGUGCAGCCCAUAUCGAGCAAGCUAGCCAAAGAGCUGCUCUCUGCACCCAGUGAUGGACACAGCCAACCUUGUGUUCCUAUGAAAAUGGCACCAAGCUCAGGACAAAGGAUUAUAAAGCUAAGCAUUGGAUCUCAAACGUCAUACAGAAGAGUAUUUAAUGUCGUUGGAUAUCUGAGAGGAGAGAUUAAUCCAGAUAGAUACGUCCUUGUUGGCGCUCAUCACAGUAGCUGGUAUGAGGGCGGCCUGGCAGACUGGAGCAGUGGUGCUGCGGUCAUCUCUCAAAUCAUCGACUCCUUAACAGCCCAGACCAGUGCACACUGGCGGCCGGACCGUACUAUUGUCUUCUGCUCGAUGGGGGGCUCUGCCCUCGGCAACGUGGGCUCCUUUGAAUGGGGGGAGGCAAACAAGGUGGUUUUGGAGAACACAGUAGUGGCCUAUGUCAGCCUCCAUAAUCCAGUUAGAGCAUACGGACCACAAUCUACAGCAUCACCAUCUCUGCUGCAACUGGCUUCAGACAUCCAUAAGAAACAUAUAAAAAGUUGCCUGCAUGCUGGAAGCUGCCCUGGCCUGAACAUCAGCUCUCUGCAGUGUCCUGCGGUCAUGGACUUCUUCACCAGUCAGCUUGCUGCUCCACUGGUGGAGUUUGCAACAUCAGCCAAUCCAGCUGAGAGCGCUCGCUUCCUCUCCGAGGCUUUUUUCCCCUUCGAGUCGUCGUUAGCGGAGACCUUGGACCCCGCCUUCGGACUUCACGAGACAGUUGCAAAGAUGACGGCAGAGGCCAUCCUGCGACUUGCUACUGAUCCUGUUCUUCCCUUCUCGCCCUUGGACAUAGCACUGGACAUUCAAAAUAAACUCAAAGAUGACCCCUUAAUCAGACCCGAUCUUCUGGCUGCUGCUGCAUCCUUGCGAGACAAUUCCGGCUUUUUCCAGUCAGAAAUCAUGCGUCCAGCCAAUGACCCGAAGGAGCGUGACCCUUCCCAUGUGCGCAUGCUGAAUGACGUACUGCGAGACCUGGAGAAAAGCUUCCUCAUUUCAGACCCACCUCAGGGCUUUUCGCGGAACAUUCUAUAUGGAAUGAAUACAAAAACUCAAGGCUUUGCCAUCUUGAUGUCCUCUGCAGAAGGCUCUGAACACAGCAGCGCGAAUCGGUCUUUGUCCCAGGUGUUUAAUUCCAUCUGCUCAGCUGAAAAGCUCAUCCAAAGCGGUCUCCAGCUCUUUGAGAAUGACCCUAAUAGCUCACUUUGAAACAAUCACAGCAAAAUGGUGCAAGCUCAGAACCAGGCUUUGUCAGGCAUGAAAGCAGUUCAAAUGCUUGAUAAAGGAAUACGAGGAGGAGACUCCUCCUCACAUGCACUUCCAGAGAAAUCAGAUAUUUGAAGCUACUUGUGUUUCAGAGUUCUUUUAUAAGUCUUUUUCAUGGGUCCAGAUAUGUCUUUCACCAAUAUGAUGGUACAUUAUAUUUUCUCUUCUCAAGGGGUUUACCUUUCAUUUCUAUACAAGUCAUUUUUAUUAGAUACAAGAAUUUUGUCCUCAGGGUGACUAAGCAUUUUUCAACUCAGGGAAGGAGAAUUAAUAUUUUUAAAAUGUAUUUGAAUUCAUAUUUUUAUUAACUCUAUUUAUUACACAAGUAAUUAAUUUUUUAUAGUUUCCAAACAAGGGCUGACUGGCCACUGGGAAAUUUUCUAUUUUUUUCUCUCAUGCACAAUCUCCUGACUUAAUUAAGAUGUGUGCUUGUAAGAAUGACACUUUUUAUUGUUUGUCUCUCAGAAUCUCAGAAUUUACUAAGCGGCUGAAAGGAAAAUUUUGGCUGCAAGGAUAUGACUAGCUAGAAAAUUGGACCGUGGUGAGACCGUCCAUUUCUAAAACAAUGAACAAACAAACUUAAUAUUAUCUAAGAAGGCUAUUUUUUUAUACAUAACCUUUUUAUUGGCAUCAUACUGUAUGACUGUGUAUUUAUUGUAUAAUAUACAUAAAUUGUAUAAUUUAUGUCACACUGGGAUUCCUGGAAAUGUGAAAAACUAGAAAAACAAUUGUACUUAACAAAAUCUUCAAUUUUGAUCCCUGCAUUAGUUUCAUUUUUAGACAGACACUUUAAAGCAUGCCUACAGGGUGAUUUUUCCCCAGUCCAUCACUGUGUCAAAGUAUAUGCCCCCUUGGAGCAGCUGAGGGAAACAGGACAUCUUGACAGUGUUAGUGUAGGAAGUUUGGGAUUUCAACUCACAAAACAGCGUAUGCUCUUCCACAUUGUUGACAGGUUCAGUGAAACUGGGCAGCAUAAGAUUGGAAAAAGACCACGCAACAUUUCAGUUAUCUAGUUUGAGUGAACCUAUCCCCACUGUAGGCUCAGAUUCCUGUUUUUUGGCUGACAGGAGUGAAAUCUGAUACGUUGUACAUUUUCAGACUCAUUUCAGCUCACCACAGUUGGUUAUUUGUGUUAAUGUAGCCGCCCUGUCAGCUCGAUCCGGUCUGGCUAUCCUUCACUGACCUCUCUCAUCAACAAGCCAUUUCUGAAACCCAGCACUAGCCCUCACUGGAUGUUUUAGCUGCUCAGUGGAUAUUAUUUUUGCCCUUUUGUGUAAAAUCUAGACACGUUACGUGUAAAAAUCCUGCAGCCCUUACAUAACCAACAACCAAAGUCACUGAGAUCACAUUUUCCUUCAUUCUGAUGUUUUAUGUCAACAUUAUUUGAAGUUAUUGGCCUGUAUCUGCAUGAUUUCAUGCAUUAUGGUGCCACCACGUGAUUGGCUGACUGGAUAAUUGCAUGAAUGACAAGGUGUACAGGUUGUUGAGUGCACAUGGCAUAAAGCUGUGUUCACACAUGCAGCGAUUUUAUGGCUGUAAAUUGCUAGUUGCUGUACUAUGAAGCUGUUAGUAGGUGUUUUCUAUUACUGGUUGCCAUAGUGAUAACAUUUAUCAUUGAGUGGUGCCGUUUUCUUGCCACUAAGAUGAAACAUUCUGGAGGAAGUUUUGGUGUUUGUGUAUAAAAUUCAGCUCUAGUGUAUAUCUGCAUCAUAUCAUAUGAGAUGAAGGAGAAGCAGUGCGUGAACUUUGGCAUGGAUCACAUGGACUGUCUUCACUCCCAUUUUCAGUCGCUCUAUAUUUACAUAAAUGUUAGAUUUCCCCACUUUCACCAGCUUACAGUAAAAUAAAUGAUCUGUAGUCAAGUCACUGUAUGUAUCAACAUAUCCAAAGACAUCAGUCAAAGAAAAUAGCAAAAGUAUGAACCACUGUACAUUCACAUGGCUGUGUGUUUUCCAGGCUUCCAGGUGAUUAUAUACAAUUUACUCUUCUUGGGCAGCGUAUUUUUUCUGGGCAAGUAUUUACAUUACAUUUACAUUAAAGACGACAAUAAAGAAGGGUUUUUAUCAUGUAUUGAUGUUUCUACAGUUAAAUAGCUUGUUAUUUUAUUCUCAGCAUUUGUACUAUUGUGUUUAGGAAGAGUUAAAAAUAUGCAUCUGUCAGCAUUUUUUUUUUUUUUUUUUUUACAAUGGUGGAAUUUUUGAAUAGAUGAUUUAGGAAUGCUUCAGGGAAUUUAGUUUGGCCGUGAGCUUUUCAUUAUUGAAGUGCUUUCAAUCAAAUGCUUAGAUUUGAAAAUAUCAACUCUGUACACUUGUGGUUGUUGUUGUUUUUUUCUCCUGGUGACAUGUAUGAGCCAAUAACUGGUACUUAUUUUCAAUUCUGAAAUUUAUUUAUUAAUAAAAAACAAAACAAACCUGUGUUACUCGAGGCACUACUCCUUAUUUUCUUUGAGGCAAUGAUGCAAUCUGGAUCUAUCUGCUUAGCGACAUCAUUAGGUCAAAAAAAGUGUGUUUGCAGAUAUGCAAUAAUGAACAGUUUGUGAUAAAUUUGUUAUCACUGUAAGUAAUAAAUGAUCAAAUCUGCGCUAAAAUAGUAAGGAGUAAACUGACAGCUUGUUAUUUUGCCUCUGGCCAUUUUCUUCUCCAGCGUGUACAUACAGAAGGAAUAAUUACAUGUACUUGCUGUUUGUGUUCCUGAUGGUUGUUUAUUGAAAUGAUCAUAGGAAUCUCAAAUCAGAUUUUUCUUACUCUGUACAAUAUUUAUGUGGUGUUCUGUUAUAUAUCAGAAUAGAGAUGUAAUUAAGACAGACUGCACUGUAUGUUGUUUUUUGGUUUAAUUUUUCCUGUGGAAUAUGAAAGUGUAAAUUAAACAAUAAAAAGCCUGACACGAAGGCUGUCAGCUCGACAGUAAUAAAACACACAGCUCUUAAUUAACACUGCUAUAAAGUAGUACAGUAGAAAGAGCUAAUUGUGUUUUUUGUUAACAUAGUUAAUUAAUAUAAGUUUCAAUAUAUUUACCAUUAAAUACUUAACACAC